CGACAACAUGGGCAACCGCAAGAGCAACCGCGCGUCUCCCGGCAUGCGCAGACAGCGCUCUGUCACACCUGUGCGGGCGCACAAGAAAUCCGAGCACCGCGACAGCCAGAAGCGGCACAUGAAGAAACAGCAGCAGAUGCAGAUCCGGCGGCGCAAGCAGUCGGCGGAGGUGAUGAAGAAGAAGCGCGAGGGAUGGGCGCAGGUCGCGCUGGAGACGCAGAGGAUCGUGCUCGGGGAUGGCAAGUACGUCGAAGAGCGUAAUGUGUCCUCUGAUCCGCAUGAGAUGACAGUGACCGCGCAAGGUCUGGGUUCGCACACGCUCAUGCCGCUGAACUUCAAGAGACUAGGUGUCGUGCACGAUAUUUCUAUGCAGAUAGAGCUCAGCAAGCAGCAGACCGUCUCAUAUCCGCACUACUCCGAGAAGCUGGCUACUUGGGCGGCCUCUAUUCCCUCUAUCCCUGAUCCGCGACCCUCUACUGUGAUCGAGUUCACGAAAUUAUCCGCUCUUGCGGCCGCUCGGCGACUGCAUGCGACUUACCCUCACCUGCAUGAGCAGAGUACAUCUGCUUUAGAUAAGACGAAGAUUGGCGUCAUGUCUUUUGCUUCUCCCAAGAGACCCGGAGGAGGUUAUCUUCACGGAGGAGAUGAACAGGAGGAAGUGAUCGCCCGCUCUAGUUCCCUCGUAGCGGCUCUCGGUUCUCCGCAGGCAGCGACAUUCUACCAGACGCACCGACAGUACAAGAACGAAGAUGGCAGUGGACUGCACGAUCACUCCAUGGUCUAUUCCCCGGGUAUCGUGGUCUUCAGGAAAGAAGACGAGGAACUCGAAGAGGAACAGCCUGUUACCCGUGGCAGACGGAAGCGCAACGACACCCCCGCUCCGGUGGUCACCGACCCAUCUGGCGCAUUCAUCGAGCCGUUCCUGGUGAACGUCGUGUCGGCCGUGCCAGUCAACGCGGCGGCGGUGCGGCAGAAGCACGUAAUUCCGCCCGAGGACGCGCAGUUUUUCGCGGACGGGAUCCGGCACGCGAUGAAGGAGCGCAUGGCGCGCGUCCUGCGGUGUUUCGAGGACAACGGCGACCGCGCCCUCGUGCUCGGCGCGUUCGGGUGCGGGUCGAGCGAGAACGACCCGGAGGUCAUCGCGGAUAUCUGGGCGGAGCUACUGGUUACCGGGGACAGAGCCGCGGAGGGGAAGGAGAACAAGCCGGCGCGGUUUAAGGAUGUUUUCGAGAGAGUUGUGUUUGCUGUGCCGGGCAAGUGGCACGCGCCGUUCAAGCGCGCGUUCGAGAUGAGGGUGUUUGAGCAGGAGGUGACGGACGGGACAUCGUCAGGUGAUCCGUGAGUGAGGUGCGUGGAGGUGUAUACCCGUGUGGUCGGUGCUGUUGGGGGUAUCUUUAUCUCUUUUCAUUUCGUCCGGUUGUAUAAUUAUUGAUGCCCUUUUUCAUUCUUCUGUAUCAAGUGCUGUUGAAGUGUAUCGCUAACUAGUACAUUCUUCCAUCGCUAUGUAGUCUGUCGCAUAAUCAAGUCUACUGUCGCUUUCUUCAUCCUUCAUCCUUCAGCGUUCGGCGACGGCAUCUCAUACGUUCACCAAGAUCGUUCCACUAGCAGGGUCCACAGGAG